GUGUCAGCUCUGUCAUCCAAGAAGGUGACAGCCAGCCCAGCAGCAUGCCCCAGGCAUUGCCGCUGCCACGGCUGCCAUGGGGUGGGCCCCGGGCAUCCCCGCUACCACGGCUGCCGUGGGGUGUGCCCCGGGCAUCCCCGCUACCACGGCUGCCAUGGGGCCGUCCCAGUGUGAAGGUCGUGGUCACUGCCGGGGUGUUUGUAACCAUCCUCUGGAACCUGAGGUUCUUCCUCCACCCCUUCAGGGUCUCUGGAGAAGCCCCCAAGCACACUGAGCCGCUGGUGGUCCUGGUGUGGGAAUGGCCCUCGAAGCAGGUCCCCAACAUCAGCAGGACCGUUUGCCAUGAGCUGUAUGUUUGCCAUGAGCUGUACGGCAUCACGGGCUGCUGGCUUACCAUGGACCGGCAGCUCCUGGGCCGGGCAGACGUGGUGGUGUUCCCCCACACCAGGCUGCAGUCUGGCAGGGAUACACUGCCCAAGGAGAGGCCACCGGGGCAGAACUGGGUGUGGGUCUCCCUGGAGUCCCCCUCCAACACCAAAGCUCUAGCAGGAUGGAAACACACCUUCAACUGGGUGAUGACCUACAGACGGGACUCGGACAUCUUCAUGCCCUAUGGCAAGCUUGUGCCCAACCGGUCAGCCACAGUCAACAUCCCCACGAAGACCAACUUGGUGUCCUGGGUUAUCAGCAACUACCACAGGACUCAGAAAAGAGCUGAAGUCUACAAAAACCUCUCCAAGUACCUCCACGUGAACAUAUACGGGAAAGCAAACAAAAAGCCCCUUUGCAAGGACUGCCUCUUGCCAAUGACGUCCAAGUCCAAGUUCUACCUGGCCUUUGAGAAUUCCAUCCACCAGGACUACAUCACCGAGAAGCUCUGGAGGAACUCGCUGAUGGCCGGCACCGUGCCCGUCGUGCUGGGGCCUCCCCGGGCCAACUACGAGCAGUUCAUUCCUGCAGACUCCUUCAUCCACGUCGAUGACUUCGGUUCCCUGGCAGAGCUGGCCACUUUCCUGAAGACCAUGAACACCAGCCGCUAUCAGCAGUUCUUCACCUGGCAGAAGAGGUACAGUGUGAAGGUCUAUGCUGACUGGAGGGAGCGACUCU